AUGCCUGACACUAAGCUCGAACUCUCUAACACGGUCUCGGAUAUCUCCCCUUCAGACAGCAUUGGCUCCAACGCUCCACGGGAAUAUGACUUGGAAAACAACGAUGUGGAGUCGAAAUCAGAAGACAAUGCAAUCUCCAACAGACACGUUGUUAUGCUUGCACUAGCUGGCGGAUUGGGCACUGGCUUGCUCGUCGGAGUUGGUGGUGGCUUGGCCAGGAGUGGUCCUGCUGGCUUGCUUAUGGCAUUCACGAUAGUUGGUGCUAUGGUUUAUCUCACAAUGGGUGCUGCUGGAGAAUUGGCAGUUGCCUAUUCAGCUGUGCCUGGUGGAUUCAACUCCUACGCAAGACGGCUUGUUGACCCUUCGCUAUCGUUUGCUGUUGCCUGGAACUAUUGUAUCAAUUGGUUUACUGUCUUGCCCUUGGAGCUAGUGACGGCUUCAAUGACCAUCAAGUUCUGGGACCCUCAUACAAAUGCAGACUUGUACGUCUCUAUCUUACUUGUGAUGGUUUGCAUCAUCAACUUCAUAGGUGCUCGAGGCUACGCAGAAGCUGAAUUUUGGGCAAAUUCAAUCAAGGUGACCAUGCUCGUCGGCUUCAUCGUUCUUGGUAUACUCAUGGAUGUUGGGAUUUGCGGGACUCAAGGCAAAGUUCUCUUCAAAUACUUUUCGAAUCCAGGUCCCUUUGCCAAUGGAUUCAAAGGUGUCUGUGCUGUCCUUGUGACGUGUGCCUUCUCCCUUGGAGGAACAGAGUUCAUGGCAUUGUCAGCUGCUGACCAGAAGAAGCCACGGAGGGCUAUCCCAUCUGCCGUGAAACAAGUUGGAUACAGACUAAUCUUUGUUUACUUGCUCUCGAUAUUGCUCAUUGGAAUGCUAGUUCCCUAUGAUUCACCUUUUUUGAUGGGGUCUGGUGGGAAUAGAGGAGCACCAGUCUCUCCUUUUGUCAUUGCUGUGAACUCUGGAUCAUUCAAGGCUCUGCCACAUAUCAUCAAUGCCGUGAUUCUAGUUGCCCUUUUCUCGGUCGCCAACGCAGCAUUGUACUGUUCUUCGAGGACUUUUUACUCUUUAGCACAACAGGGAUAUGCUCCAAAAUGGUUUGACUUUGUCGAUAGGAAGAAAAGACCCACGAGGGCAAUGCUUCUAUCAAGCACACUAGGGCUAUUCAGUUUGAUUGCAGCGUAUCCUGACCAAGAGUCUAUAUUUGUCUGGUUGUUGUCGUUGUCCGGUUUGGCUUCACUCUUCACUUGGGGUACAAUCAACAUCUCCUUCUUGAGGAUGAGAUCAGCCAUGAACGUACAAGGAUUCAGUACGAGCGAGCUUGGUUAUGUAUCGUACUUUGGUACUCCGGGAUCAUGGGUCGCCAUUGUCAUCAUAGUGGGCACCCUUGUGUCCCAUUUCUGGGUCUCGUUAUUCCCCUUUGAAACCAAUGGUGUGUUUGACCCCGUCAACUUCCUCCAGAACUACUCGGGCUUUCCAGUUCUAUUGGUGUUUUAUAUUUCGCAUAAGGUGUAUACCAGAAACUGGAGAAUUUGUAUACCUGCUGACGAGAUCGAUUUGGUCACUGAUCGAAAGAUAUUUGAUGCAGAUGUCCUAUACCAAGAGCACAUUGAAGAGGAGAGGAGGUUGAAAGAAGGGCCUCUGUUCAAGCGCAUUGUGGCAUUCUGGUGUUAG